AUGGGCGCCGAGACAGGAGUUCGGGUUUAUGGUGGACGCCUCAAUGCGUCUGGUCUCGAUGUAUUCCAUUGCGACACGGGUCUUGAUCGCUCUGCCCAUGCGCAGGUAGCAGUGAGAGGAGCUGUGGUUCUGAACAAUUGGGCGAAUGUGGUUGGCAUCACUGACUACAGUGAGUACAUGCCUGAAGAAACACACACUCAGCUGCUCCCCCCACAAUACAGUGGUGUGUACCAACUGCUGUUUCUUGGGCUAACUUCUUGGGGCUUGGGCACAGCCCUACUUGAGUGGGCCUUGAAGAUGCACUUCCUGCACGCGCGCCGUGCGAAGCAGGGCUGCUUUGGAGCGGCGAUCUUGUUGGCAGCCGGGCUUGGCCUGGCCCUGUGGGCGGUCGCUGCAAUGACUGCUGUUCAAUUUGGCAUAGAUUCAUUAUCAGUAACACAUUUUUACGACUCAUUUUCGUUCUGGUGGGGUAAUAUCGCGAAACCCCUGAUGAUCUUCUGUGGGUUCAUCGCCUUGGUCACCCUCGGCUACCUCUACAUGGCGGUGGGGCGGCGCAUCAAGGAUUUCCGAGCCAUGGCCGAGCUGAGGGAGGCUGAGAAGCUCAUGAAGCAGAAGGACCAGCUGGUGAAAUCGCUGGACAAUCUCGAGCUUCGCAAAGAGAUGGCUGAGAAGCACAAGGAGCUGUUUCAGCUCGUGGUCAGUGGCAACAAGGUAGGGGCGGAGAAGAUCUUCCUUGAGAUGCAAGAGAAAGCCAAGGCAGAGAACGAGCGCCUCGCGAAAUGGUUCGGCGAUCGCCGCGGCUUCUACGCAUCGGAAAGCCAUGGCAAGCGGCUGGAGCAACUUGAGGCCAUUGAGUCCGUCACGGUCUCAGAGCUGGUGCAGCCACCUCUGCCAGAGUCGAUCGUAGAUGAGAAGUUGGCCAUUGACUUCCUCUACCGGGCUGGGAGCUGGCUGCGCGGAGCCUUCAAGCAGGAGCUCCAGGACCUGUGCAAGGGUCUCAACAGCAUCAAGAGCAAAGCUGACGUGGAGAGCCUGGGCUUCCAGGAGCUGAAGUUCGACCCGACACUCCACCCCCUCCAACCCAACUCACAUGCGGAGGUGGGUGAGCACGUGGGGCUCCUCCUGGCUCCGAUCAAGGCUAAAGAGCGGGCCAUGGACAAGGCCGCAGCAGACUACGCCAAGAAUCCUGAGAAGCCAGCGGCCCGGUACGUGUGCGACUUCCUUCGCGCCACGGUCUUUGCCUCGGAUCCCUUCGUGCUGGCGGUGGCCUUCGACCAGCUACGGAAGCGGUUCGAGGUCGUGAGGGUCAAGAACAAGUUCCGAGAGGCUGAACUGAAUCCCGAGCUGCGUACCAACAUCCUCGUGAACCUCUGGGUCAGGAACGGCGACCUUGCUCAGAUUGGAGAGGUGCAGUUCUUGCUUCAAGACUACCUCACCGCGAAAGAUCUGCAGCAUCUCUACUACGACGUGGUACGGGCCAAGGAUCCAGGUGAGAUAAUUGACAAGCCCAUCUUUGGCUGA